CAUCCGUUUCCAUCUUUUUUUGUUUCUCCUUCCAGAAGCUCCACCGAAGUUUGUUGCUUUCAGCGCUGCCUGUUGCUUGAGCUGUUCUCCCCGACAAUCUUCCCCGAUUGAGGCUCCUGCCUGCCUUCUCUUUUCUCCGUUGCCCUCUUUUUCCCGCGGUGGCCCUCCCAAACCUCCUGCCCCAGCAACGCACCUUCUCCAUCGCCUCGAGUAAACAAGGUUGCUGUUGCUAAGCAGCAAAGCACCUCCAGCCAUGUUUGUGCUCCGCAACGUGAGCAAGUACCUCUUCGGAGACGCUUCCAAGGAAUCCAUCAUCGAGAUUCCUCAGGGCCAGCUCUAUCUUGUUCGUCCUCUGUCGCCCAAAGGCUACUCAGAACUUAUCUUCAAGGACGCUGCCGCUUCCAUCAGACGCACCGGGCAGGAGUUCCAAUACCAGCUCGUCAUCCAACGUGCCUACGAAGAGGGUGAGGAAGAGCUCGGUGAAGACGACGACGACCAAGGUGGCAGUGACAGCCUCGAUAAGGACGAGAAAGUCUUCCUCCUUGAUCAGGCUCUGCACUUUCGCUCCGAAGUUCGCGAAGGCGGUGCAAAGAUCUUGGCUUGGAGAGACCUGAGUGGCGACCUGGGCGACCUCUUCGAAUUUGUCUGCGACCCAUCCGUGCCCUCGGAUAAGGUUUCCACCUUUGAGCUCGCUGCUCUCCAGUGCCAGUACGAGCGCGCAUACCGACGGACCUCACAGAACCUGAGCCGGGAAGACCUGCAGGAGUUCUCUUUCCAAGAGGAAAAGCCCAUCCCGUCCGCAAGUCCUAUUUCUUCCCCAACAAAGUCACGUGCUGAGUCGCUGACAUCUGGAGAGUCGACCGCCGCCAUGGUGAAGGACGUCGAGUACUCGCGGUCCAAGGGACUCAUCAAGCCUGCGGAGGCUGAGGAGGAGGCCACGGUCGCUCCGCCUGCAGCAGAGCAGCCUGAGGCUAGGGAGAUCCUCGCUCAGGAACCGUCCGAGCUGCAUCUGUUCGAUUUUGUGACCGGCACAUUCGUUCUCCAGGCCUCCAAUGUGACUGCAACGGUGUCUGAGAUUGGUGACUGGAAGUAUUGGCUUCAAAUCAGUGGUGACGAUAAGGAAUGGCUGGGGCAAGCCGUGGUCGCUGACAUCAACCCCGUCUUCAACUUCGAAUACCUGUCUUUCAUCUUCAACGCUUACGGUGAUGAUGGCUCGGCAUUCUCUUGGCUUUUGCGCUUCAAGGACCAAGAGACCGAGGAGCGGUUCCAGGAGGGUCUCAUGCAGGCACUCUGGGAGCAGUUGAACGAGAUGAAGUGGACCAAGGUCAAGGACAAUGAUCGGGAGUACGUGCUGGAUGCGUUCCAGGAUCUCACAAUGGAGGACGAGGCCCAGGAAGGUGAGGCCGAUGCAGACGAGGAAGACGAAGACGAGGAGGAAGACCACUACGAUGGCCAGCGCAGUGAACAUUACGAUUCCGAUGAGGAGCAAGAUGACGUGGUGACUCGGGAUGAUGAUGGAAACGUCAACUCGCAACUUGCCGUCGGUUACAAGCAUGACCGCUCCUUUGUCGUCCGUGGCUCCAAGAUUGGCGUCUUCAAGCAUACUCCGGACAACAACCUCGAGUUCUCAACCAACAUUUCCAAGGUGGAGACGCCCGGUGGCAAGCUUUUCAGCCCGAAGAAGGUCAUGCUGCAUGCCGAAGAUACCAACAUGAUCCUUCAGAACGGCGAUGACCCGAACUCCCUGUACAGGAUGGACUUGGAGUACGGUAAGAUUGUGGAUGAAUGGAAGGUCCACGAGGAUAUCCCGGUCACUACCUUUGCCCCUGAGAGUAAAUUCUCCCAAAUGACCUCUGCGCAGUCCUUCAUUGGUGCUUCAAAGAACGCCCUGUACAGGAUUGAUCCUCGUGUUACCGGAAACAAGCUGGUGGAUGCAGACCUGAAGCAGUAUGCUAGCAAGAACGAGUUCUCGUCUGUAGCUACGACAGAGAAGGGAUACAUUGCUGUCGCGUCCAACAAGGGUGAUAUCCGUAUGUUCGACCGCUUGGGAAUCAACGCCAAGACCCAUAUCCCAGCCCUCGGAGAGCCAAUCAUCGGCCUGGAUGUGUCCGCCGACGGUCGCUGGGUUCUGGCCACCUGUCGGACGUAUCUCCUCCUUAUCGACUCUCUGCAGAAGGAUGGCAAGAACGAAGGCAAGCUGGGCUUCGAGCGCUCGUUUGCCAAGGACUCCAAACCGCAGCCUCGUCGCCUGGGCCUGCAGCCUGCACACGUCGCCCAGUUCCAGCACGAGACGAAGAAGCCUAUUGCAUUCACGCAGGCACGUUUCAACACUGGUGUCGACAGUACCGAAACCUCGAUUGUCACAGCUACUGGUCCUUUCAUUGUCACCUGGAGCCUGAAGAAGGUCAUUGCUGGCCGCAAGGAUCCUUACACGAUCAAGCGUUACGGCGAAGACGUAAUGGCGGACAACUUCCGAUUCGGCUCGGACAAGAACGUCAUUGUGGCUUUGCCUAACGAAGUCAACAUGGUUGCGAAGCGGAGCCUGCUGAGGCCCACUCGGGAGAGUAUCGCCGGACCCCCUGUCACCCCCAGCCGUCGCCGGACGCAAUGGGGUAGCCGGCUAGGGAGGGAGGACAUUGUCAAUUCGCCUUACUGAUGGAGCUGGCCUUGUUCAUAGUGUUUUCUGCGCCACUGCAUACCCCUUUUGUUGGAUUCUUUCGGUUUGCUUGCUUUUUAUUUUGAGGCUAUUGUGAGACGCUUUGAUGUCCUUUCACGGUGCUAUGAACGGAUGGCGAACGGUGGCAAUUGCGGACUUGAGCUCUAGUUUUUCUUUACAUUUCAAUUACCGGUAGCUCAUAAUAAGACUACGACUCACGAUUCAUGUUGCA